AGUCAGAUUGGCCAGUGAUUAAUUUUAUCUAUUGUACUGUUGUACAAAAUACUUAGUAAAGGAUUAUUACACAUUUGAAAUUCAACUGAACUGUGGCAAUGUACAAAUUGUAACUUCAUUCAUUGUGGAACAUUGUUUACAUGAAAUUCUUGUCAAAGUGGUCAGUUAAAGAGAUUUUAAAGUUAGAUAUUUGAUGUGAAUAUAGACCAGAAAUAUUGUUUACAUUUAAUAUAAAUAUAUGAUAUAAAAUUACUGUUUAUUAGUGGAAAAUAUUCUGGAUUUAGUCAGUUAAACUUAAAUGAACUGAACUGACAGAGUUCAGCCUGACUCAUAGAGAGAAGUUUGUGUAACCUUGUAUUUAUAUGUUACUGAUGACGAUUAGUGGAGGAAUUACUUAAUAUUUAACAGGAUUUAUUACAAAAUGAGUCUUUUAUUUCGGAGGAAUUAUGCUUUUGUAUUUUUGUUAAUGGUACUACCUAUAGAUGUAAUUGGUGUAAGUUUUAGCCGUCAUCGUUACAGUAGGAGAGGUGCCCGUGAUGAUUCUAAGGACACCAGAAUAGCUUAUGCUUGUGAGAACAGUACUAUGCAUUUAAACUGUACAACAUAUAAUGGUGUCAUUAGAGUAAUUCGUGCCAAUUAUGGACGAUUUGUGCUAUCUACGUGUAAUCCUUGGUCAGUGACAUCGGGAUGGAAUUUACAAUGUUCAGCCAGGGAAUCAUUUACAAUAGUGGCAGAAAGAUGUGAUGGCAGAUCAGAAUGCAGCAUCAUGGCAUCCAAUCGUGUAUUCAAAGAUCCAUGUUCAACAACUCAUAAAUAUUUAGAAGUUUAUUAUUAUUGUGAAAAAUCAGAACCUACAACACCACAUCCAACUACCAGAAGUAAAAGUACAACAACCACCACAACAACAACGAAGAAACCCACAACAAAAUCUACAGACGUCACAACGUCAGGUUGUGAUUGUGAUGUACGUGGAACUAAAACAUGUAUGCCUACCAAAGAGUGUAUUUGCAGAGAGAACUUCACUGGAACCAAAUGUGACCAGUGUACUGCUGGGUACUAUAACUUCCCGGCCUGCAUAGAAUGUGAUUGUGAUGACCGUGCUACAUUACCAGGGAUAUGUUCUUCAGAGACGGGGAAAUGUCUUUGUGGACCAAACUUGACACCAUCAUGUGAUGCUUGCCGGCCAGGAUUUGUAAAUUAUCCUUUUUGUCAAGUCGAUAUAGUGACAACAAAAGCUCCAAGUACACCUACGCCAAAACCAACAGAGUCCAGUCCACUACCAAUUAGAAAGACCACACCUGGAAGGACCAAGUCAACAACAACUGAGAAAAGUAACAGAUAUACAUGUAAAAGUACUGAGUCUGAAGGGGUGUGGUGGCCUGUCUCUGUAACAGGGAUAGUUGUAAGAGACUGCCCAGGGGAUUUGAAAGGUAAAAUGACCUGGGAAUGUGGUAAAAGAGGAUGGAAGAGAAAACCAAACCUGUCAAACUGUGUGUCACCAUGGCUAGAUAACUUUGAAGAUUUGAUUCACAGGAGAAAGUGUAAAAAAUGUUUCCAUGGUUUGAAAUGUAAAAAACACAAAGUUUGUAAACCAGCAAUAGAGGCUAGCUCAGAUAAUGUAGAAGAGGUGGCUACAACACUCCAUGAAAGGACUGCCAAUACUAAGUUUGGUCCUGGUGAUUUGAAAAAAACAACACUUGAUCUUUUCCCCAAACUUAAUGAGCAGCUGAUAACCCAGACACGUGGUAUGACAAAACGACAAAAAAGAAACAAAGUUAAAAAAUUUGCCAAGUCAAUAUUGAAGACUGGCAGUAACCUUUUGACUGAUUCAAACUCAUGGAAAGGGUUACCAAAUAGUGAGAGAACUCGUGUAGCUACAUCACUUGUUGUCAAUAUGGAAGAAACAGGGUACCAGAUAGCUGACAGUUUAGAAGUAGGUGACCCUCCUGUCAUCACUAGAGAUCCCAAUAUAUUUAUGGAAGUGAAUGCCAUUAGAACAGAAGAUCAAGCAAACAAAAGACUGAAUUUUCCAUCUUCUGUUGAAGAUCGAGAGAAUUCUGAUGAAUUUGUUGCUAUUCCUGUAGAAAGUCUUGUCAACUCUACUGAUAAUGGUGAGGUUAGGAUAGUUUUUCUUGUCUACAAAAGUCUGAGUGAGUUCAUGAGUCCACCAAAAGAGGAAGAUACUGGGGAUGACAAUAACGAGGAUAAUGAAGAUGAAACUGCUAACAAUGAAACACAACCUUUCAUUGGAACAAAUAUUUUCUCAACUUCAGUCAACGGCAGGAAAACUAAAUUCCAGCUGUCAAAACCUUUGACCUUUACCUUGAAACAUAAACAGGUACCUCUACCAGGAUUUCAUGCCGUAUGUUCAUACUGGCAAUUCAAUGAAAGUUUAGCAGGACAGUGGUCUGAUGAUGGUUGUAGUUUAGUGAAAACUAACAAUUCCCACACAACUUGUCAAUGUGAUCACAUGACCAACUUUGCUAUCUUGAUGGAUACUGUUGGGACUAAGUUAUCCCUGGAGCACCAGAUCACAUUGACAGCUAUAACCUACCUAGGAUGCAUUGUUUCCAUUACAUGUCUGUUGUGUUGUAUCUUUACAUUCUGUUUCUUUAAAAACCUUCAGUGUGAUAGAAAUACAAUACACAAGAAUUUAUGCUUGUCCCUGAUGUUGGCAGAGAUUGUUUUCUUAGUGGGUAUCAACUUAACUCAGUUUAAGAUUGUAUGUGGUGUGGUGGCUGGGUUACUACACUUCUGGUUUCUUGCUGCUUUUAGUUGGAUGUGUCUAGAGGGUGUCCAGUUGUAUGUGAUGCUGAUAGAAGUGUUUGAAGCAGAGAGGUCCAGAAGACUUUGGUAUUAUUUGUUUGGAUAUGGGGUACCCACUAUAAUAGUUGGUGUUUCAGCAGGGGUCAACCAUGAAGGAUAUGGAACUAAAUUACAUUGUUGGUUGAAGACAGAGAAUUAUUUCAUUUGGAGCUUUGUAGGACCAGUGUGUGCUGUUAUAUUGAUAAAUAUAAUAAUGUUGGGUAUUGCCAUCUACAUGAUGUGUCGCCAUUCUAACACUCUAGCUUCAUCAUUAAGAACCAAAGAAAAAACAAGACUACAGAAAAUAAAUGGUGAACCUAAUUCUGGGAGUAGCUCAGGAAGUACCAAUAUCAAUGAUAAAUCACAUCUCAGUCCUGACCUUCCAUCUUGGUUAAAAGGAGCAAUAGUGCUAGUGUUCCUUUUAGGCUUGACUUGGUCCUUUGGAGUCCUAUAUAUCAGCGAGGAGUCCAUGUUCAUGGCCUAUAUCUUCACCAUACUCAACACUUUACAAGGAGUCUUUAUUUUUGUGUUCCAUUGUGUCAUGAAUGAAAAGGUAAAGAAAGAAUACAAGAAGUUUGCUUACAGAGCAACAUGGCUGCCAGGUUGUUUAAGAAGUUGUUUUGUUGGUUAUUCGGGAAGUCUUGGAUCUACAUCACCAAACUCUUCAUCAUCUGGGGGACAUUUAAUGAAGUUUUGGAGUGGGAAACGGAGGAGGAAGUCUUCAGGCUCUACAUUAGAAAAACCUUCUAAAGGAAAGAAAAGAAGAAGUGACAUAAAAAGUAGUGAAGUAGAAAGUUUCUCUCAUAGCAUCUCUAAUCAUGGAAAUAUUGAUAGUCAAUACCGACCUCCUAGUAAUAAUUAUGAUAAUGGAUAUACACACGGAUAUAUGUACGCAAACACAGUGGAACCUGAAGGGGGAAUCGUUGGUGAUCUCUCAGUAGCUGAUUGUUCAGUUAUUGAUAGUGAAUAUGUGAGCGAAUACUGCCAUAAUAAAAUGCAAGUUUCCAUGGAGAAAAGACAAUAUUCAUCAGAAUCUGAAGAAGAAGGUCACGAGGAAAAUAAUGACCAUAAAAAUAGAUUGUCAGUGUUAUCCGAGGAUUCAGCAGUGAAAAAUUCAGACUUUGUAUCAACAGAAGCUGAACUGAGCUAUUCAGAAAUGAGUGAAGAUGACAGUGAAAAAUCUAAAGAUUUGAAAAAGGAAGAGGAACCACUCUUUCCAAAAACAAACUCUGAAAGAAAUUUAUUGAACAAUUUAGUGACUACUAUAGAUGGAGGACAGAAAAAAAGUCCAUCAUCAAGUGAAUUACGGUUAAUUGACACAUCAGACAGUCUUAGUAGAAGCACGCCAAACAUGAAACUAAUCCAGGGAUUUGAAGCAAUAUUAAACAAUAAGUCUGAUCUUUUAAUAGAUACAGGGGAAACACAGACUGGUCGAAAACCAGUGACAAGACUUAGUUCAGAUUGUCCUGUUAAAUUUGACCCUCACCGAUAUGUUUUGGAUCAUAGUGAAUGCUAGUUCUAUUGUUCCAUAAUGAAAUUAAGUGAAAAUUGAUAAAAAUGUAGGGGGCGGGUAAGAGAAAUUCUAGUGGCAUUAAUUGGUUAAUAGAUAUUGUGUAUUGUGAUUACUGUUCAUUUAACAUCCAUACAUUCGUUUUGAAGUGAAGAGUGUUGCUGAAAGAUGGCAUAAUGAUGUACAUUAGCCAAUGACAAAUUGUACAUUGCCACGCUUUAUAGAAAUGAUUGUCACUAGAAUGUCAUACUUGGUGCUUUGAAACUAGGAUAACUGACAAUCUGUUGUAUUUUAGUGCCUGGGAACAGAAACUGCUGUAUAGUGCCUUUGAUUAUUAAAGUGUUCUUAUUAUUUGUUCAUUGUAAAUAUCAUAUUUUAUUGUUCAAUUUGUAUUUUAUACAAUGAUAAAAAUCAUUUCUAAAUAUUUUUGUACAUAAAUUUACAUGUAUUUGUUUCUGUACAUAAAUGUACAUGUCUUUGUUUCUGUACAUGUGUAUUUUAUUGUUAUCUGAAGAUCUGGAAUUUUCAUACCCCUGCUUACACUGCAUGCAACUUCUGGUUGUAUCUUUUAUUAUAAAAUGUUUGAUAUCGGAACAAAAAGAAAUAAAUUAAUUAUAAGUGAGUCAUAUUAGAAUGAUUAGUAAUCAUUGAAAAAGAAACCAGUUGGUUUAGUAUGUACAAGAAAUCUACAACUGGAAUUGUCUUCUUGUUACAAUAACUGUCACUGCCUUCAUCUCCUCAGUGAAGUUGUUUUCAGUACUUUAUUCAGAUGUUUUUCUUUUGUUUUUUAUAUUAAAAUGUGACAGAAAACUUCAAGAUAUCGCUACUGUACUGUUUGAUAUUCCAAUUUUAGAUUGUGAUUUCUUCAAUUUACAUAGGAUUUGUGAUCCCAUAAGAAACCAAAGAUAUAAUUUUGAAUUAGUUUGCGUUAUAUUAAGACAUUCCACAAGUUAUAUCACAGAGAUAUUUAAUAUUUACAGAUAUAUAUGUAUAUUAUCAGAGUUGUGAUAACUUUAAAUCAUUUAUUUUGUCAUGUUUGUAAAUGCAGAGGUUUUCCUUUUCGUUUCACAGUAUUUAUCUUUAAAGUAUUGUAGUGUGACAAAAACACAAUAUAUUUCAAAUAAUUUUACUUUAAUGCUUCAGUAAAAAUUUACUCCAAAAGCCAGUAAACUUUUUUACAAGAAUUUUUUUUAAUUUAUUGUCAGUAUCAUCAGCGAGUCAGUAUGGUGUUUUAAUGUUUACAUUUGAUUUAUUGCAGUGAUCAUUUUAUAAUAGAGUAGGAAUACCCCAUAUCCUUUCUUUUCUGUUAUAUAGUUAAGCAUCAGUCCUUUUGCUAUCCUCAUGUUCAAUUGUGGCAAAUAUUUUAGUCUCAUUAGUCACAUUGUAAUUUUUUUACCAACAGUUAGCUUCAAGUGAGUAAAACAUUUUAUGUUUAAUGCUAUUUUAACAAAAAGUGAAACUGGAGCUGAUUCAGAGUUUGAGGAAAGGGGCCUAAUUGUACCGAUAGUAAAAAGAUCAACAAGCGUAAAUAUAUAAAAAAAAAAAUCAUUGAUUUUAUGCCAAAUAUAAUAACAUUUUUUCCUAUCAAAGGGCUUUAAGCCUCCUGAAUCUGCCACUGUUUCUCCUUAAUCAUCUUGUGGUAUACCCCAUUCACAGCCUCUUAAAACAUACAGGGUAAAUUGUAAUCUCAGAUAAUAUUUCAAGUCUGAUAACAAAUUCCUUUUUUACCUCAAUAAUAUGAUUAUAAGUUUACUUCAUACAAAAUGCAGUCAUAAAUGCCAGAUUAAAGCUCAAAUAUGUAUUUUUUCGAAUAAUGUAUAACCAUAUUUCCAAGUCGUUAGAAUUAAAAUUUAGCAAAUGACAAUAAAAAGUUUGCAUCCAGUUGAUAUAAAAGUAUGUUUUAAUGUUCUGUGUUAUUUAAUGUUUAAGUAUAUCUUGUUUUUAUUGGUAAUCAGCUACAAAAAAGGUUUAAGCUGACAAUGUUUUGAUCAGAGUUUGAAAAAUAAAAAAAUAAAAACC